CCCGGCCGUCCAGAGGACGCGCUGCUCGGGCUGUUCCCGGAGGACGCAGGCCGGGUGGAGGCGCCGCCGGGACGCUCCCGCCGCUGCAGCUCCCAGCGCCGGCCAUGGGUGAGAACCAGCUGAAGCGGUGCCAGCAGGAGGCUGACCAGGUGACAGAAAUCAUGCUAGACAACUACACCAAAGUGAUGGACCGCGAGGGGAAGCUUAGCGACCUGGAUGAGCGGGCUGAUGAGCUCCGGAAACAGAGUUCUGCUUUCACCAAGACCACCAAGACCCUGGCCCAGAAGAAGCGCUGGGAGAAUGUGAGAUUCAAGGUCAUCCUGGUAUCCAUGGUCGUGGUCGUUGUUCUGAUCAUCGUCUUAGCCAUCACCCUCUACUUCACUCUCUUUGGAUCUGGGAACCAGGGGGCUCCAGCACAGACCAGCGCUGGUGGUGGUGACUGAUCGCUGAUCCAAUUCGCCCUGGAGUCAUCUUCCCAACGCCAAGCUUUCAGGGGUGCCGGGCAUCGGGGCUUGGCUAGGACCUGGCAGCAACCUUGACCCCUUGGUUUCUCAUCAUCAUGGCAAGCAAGCCGAUGGAGAAAGGAAGCAAAGGGCACAGCCCCCCGUGAUGUCCACGACCUCAACACCAAUAAGGACUCUCUGUAGGUGGGACGGACGGAUGGACGGAAGGGGGACUUGUGUACUUCCUGCUCCAUUGUCCAAGUGUUAUUGCAAGGCAUUUGUGCACUGAUGUCCAGCCUUGGGCUACAGCAGUUAAACUGGGGCCUAAGUCCAGGCCUUGCGUCUCCUGCCUUCAGCCCUUUGGCUAGGAAAGGCUCUGCUCCCCCAGGGGGAGCUUUGUAGCUCUCCACUGCCCCUGCUGUCCUUCCCCUCAGCUGGGCUUGGGGAAGGGGGGCUCUCUGCCUUCUGGCCCUGGGUGGAACCUUUGCAAUCUGUCACCUGAGGAGGCCCAGGUAGAUGGGUAGAUCGUCCACUUGCACGUGUUUGGGGGCAGGAAAGGGGCCUCUGAAAGACCAACCAGCCUCUUUGGGUCCCUCUUGCUCUUCCUGCCUCAACUGGGUGGGAAACUGGCCCUGGGGGCCCCCAAGUGCGCCCCCCUUGGGAUGGGGGUCCCCGGUCCCCUGAGGCCCCAAAGGGCCCACCGCUAACCAUUCAGGGGUGUGCAUAAGGGCACCAUCCUGCCUCCCCUCCCCCCCCCUCUCCUCUGGUCCCCAUUUAUCCGUCCCUCU